UUUGCCCGUUAAGAGAGAAUAAAACUUGCUGUCCUUGCUAAGGUGGUAGCAUUGUCGUUCAGGAGUUAGACAAAACGGUAUCGUUCUAUCGAAAAGAUGAAGCUGAUUUUGCCGCUAGCUUUUGUAGCAAUGAUUGCAUUGAAUUUUGCAGAGACAUUUGAGGAAGACAAUGAAAUGCGGAUGUCGGAUCCUGGUUGGUCAAGAUUGAAAGGUUUAUUUAGGCGUCGACGAAAACAACAGAGGAGACAUGGGAUGAAAGGAGAGAAAGGAUCUCCAGGACCACAAGGACCACAAGGAAGAAAAGGAUCUGCGGGACCACCGGGACAAAAAGGUGAGCCGGGACAAAGAGGAGAACAAGGUAUGAAAGGUGACACGGGAGCAACUGGACCUGAGGGAAUCCAAGGGCCUGCAGGAUCUCAAGGAGCCCGAGGUGAUAAAGGUGAACCUGGUUUACAAGGCAAAACUGGCGUAAUGGGACUCCCUGGAAAACCAGGACAAAAAGGAGAUGUUGGUGAGCCUGGCUAUCCAGGAAAACACGGCGAAAAAGGCGAAAGAGGAGAGAAAGGAGAUAGAGGUGUGACUGGACCACCUGGCCCUCCAGGUCGAGCUGACUGCAAGAUCGUGAGAAGCCAGAAUGCAACAUUGAUUUGUGAUGUUGGUUACGUCAUAGUUCGUUGCUGGGGACCUUGUGGGACAGAAAAAAUGUACGGGAAUUCAAAAUGUAUAUCACCGUGUAAAUAUUACAAACGACUACUGCAAGAGACUUACGCUGUUUGCUGCAAAGUUUAAUCAAAGUUCUUCCAUUACGUGCUGUUAUGCAACUCACUUUGAACUAGAAUAGUCAAUAUCAUUUAUUAUAGCUAUACUGAAU